AUGGAUGAAGAGGAUGAAUUUACUCCAAAAGACCUGGAAGUUCUUCCAUUUAAAACCGUACUUUCGGUCCAUGAUAUUGUUCAUUUCGGAAUAACUCGUGAUUCCACUGAUUUUGACUGUUCAAAUUCUUCGAAUCCCGGUGUGUCGAAGAAUGUCAAGAAAUAUAGUCCUAAAAAUCGCAGGUUUCGAAAGGAAGCCAUUUUUUCAAUGAAUCGCAUCGCUUCACUUUUUGUACUCUAUAUAACCACAAUUGCCGAAUCUAUAGCGAAAAACAACAGAAGGUCCAGCGUAUUUGACAAAGAUAUUUUAGAAGCUCUUAAACAAUGCAUGUUUUAUGAAGUUGAAAGUCAAAUUAAUGAUCUACAACAAAAGGAAAACAAUGAAAAUCAAGAUCAAAAUCAUGAUUUAGAUCACAACAUGGAGGAUCUAGAUCAUAACAACGCCCAUAAUUUAGAGGAUACCACCGUAGAGGAUUUGGAUCAAGACGAUUAUAAUGAUAUAGAUUUGCCUGAAAACGAAAAUUUGGAAGAAAAUUAUGAUAAUUUAGACGAGGAUGAAAUAGAAUUAGAAAACAACAGCCAAUAA